AUGGCUUACAUUACUGAUCCCGUGCAGCGCGGCACCGCAUACUGGGCAGAAUAUCGGGACAUCAGACAAAAGCUGUCAUCACUCACAAUUGAAGGCGUAGCAGAAUAUAUUCGCGACAACAAGGCCAAGAAUAUAAUUGUUCUAACAGGAGCGGGUAUAUCAACGUCUGCCGGAGUCCCGGACUUCAGAAGUCCAGGUACCGGAUUAUACAACAAUGUCUCUCAGUUUAAUUUACCAGAUCCAAUGGCUAUUUUCGACAUCAGAUAUUUUAAACUACAUCCUGAGCCUUUUUAUAGACUGGCAAAAGAUCUCUUCCCAAAAAAUCUAAAGCCAACACCAUGCCACUACUUCAUCCGCCUUUUGGAUCAGAAAGGCUUACUGUUGAGAUGGUAUACUCAGAACAUCGAUUCUUUGGAAUUUGCAACUGGUAUUGACACUGAGAAGUUAGUAACAGCGCAUGGAUGUCAUCACACUAGCACAUGCUUGUCUUGUGAGGCAAAGUAUGACCAGGACUGGAUAAUGAGUGGUUAUCUUACAGAGAAACUAUUUGUGGAGGAUGUUGAAGUAGCCCGGUGUGAUAAGUGUAGUGGCAUUGUGAAGCCAGAUAUCGUAUUCUUUGGCGAAGAUCUUCCACCACGAUUUUUCAGUUGUGCAAAAGAAGAUUUCCCGAAAUGCGAUCUUUUGAUGAUCAUGGGUACUUCACUGGUUGUGCAUCCAUUCGCGGGGCUAACUGAUGAAGUUAACGAUGACGUACCACGACUGCUGAUAAAUCUUUCACCAGUUGGACAAAAGAACAGUUCGAUAUUUGGGUUUAUUACCGAUGUAUUCUGGAAAGGAAAAACAGAUAAUGGUGUUUGGAAAUUGGUUGAAUUACUGGGCUGGACAAAAGAUUUCAAAAAUUUGAUGGAAACUGGGCGCGAUAAAGCGGAUGAGAAGUUUGCAGAGGGAAAAGCUACAUCAUCUGUAACAAGUAAUGGUACGGGUAACGAGUCAGUCGAUAGCGCGGUUGAGUCUGUUAAGCGAAGUGACGAGGAACCAACCAAAUGA